GAGACAAACAUCCCAGCAACUUAAUAGUUUUGACAGUUAUUUGCUUCUAAUUUCUGUGACCCAUGCCCCUUGCCAUUGUCAUUUGAUUUAAACUUACACUUAGAACAGCAUCUCAGAACAAUAUUUCCGUCGUCGGAUGGGGAUAACCCGGAAGCGAAUAUCCUAGAAGCCGGAAGGAGUCAGAGAAGAAAGGAGAGUUUUUCGGUACGGCUGCGGGCGGCUGUGCAACCCCGGGCAGGGAAAAGUGGGAAAAAAACACUCAGUGAAAUCCACGAUUUUUCAGCAGCAGUCUUCAGGUAAAGUCCCUUGGAUAAGAAAAAAUGACUUCCCUUGAAAGCACUGAAGUCAAAGCAGAUCCUCCUUCAGCACCAGUCCGUGGGGCUGGAGAUGGAAUGGAAACUGAGCAGCCACCUAAGUCUGUGGAAGUUACCUCUGGACCACAUGCCCAGAACUGUCACAGCCUGCGAAGCCCACGGAAGAAACCCGUUCCAUCGCUGAGCCCAGGAGUGCUUCAGCUGGGCAAGGUUAUCACCGACAAAGCUGUGGAAAUCGAAGCUGUUCGGAUAGUAGUUCCCAAAGCCGCUGUAACCCACGACAUCCCUGCCAAAAAUGCCAAACUGGUGAAGUCUCUGGGGCAUCACAAAGGGGAACUUUUAGGUCAGUCAGAUGGAGUCAUAGAUCCCAGGAGAGAGAUAGCGGAGCUCAAACACAGAGUGGAAAAGCUCAAAGGCUCUGAGAAGAGACUGCUGCAGGAUAAAGAAGGGCUUUCCAACCAGCUCCGCGUCCAGACAGAGGUGAAUCGUGAAUUAAAGAAGUUGCUAGUGGCUUCUGUUGGGGAUGAUCUGCAGUAUCACUUUGAACGUUUGGCUCGGGAGAAAAAUCAGCUUAUUUUAGAAAAUGAGACCCUGGGCCGCAACACAACUCAGCUCUCUGAACAGUUAGAACGCAUGUCUAUCCAGUGCGAUGUGUGGCGAAGCAAAUUUCUAGCAAGCAGGGUAAUGGCUGAUGAGUUGACUAACGCCAGGGCAGCUCUACAGCGUCAAAGCCGGGAUGCCCAGAGUGCCAUUCAGGAUCUCCUCAGUGAACGGGAACAAUUCCGGCAGGAAAUGAGCGCGACGCAGAAAUUAUUGGAAGAACUCUUGGUUUCUUUGCAGUGGGGCAGAGAGCAGACUUACUACCCUAGUGAACAACCCCACAGCACUGCAGAGCUAGCAUCAACAAAUCACAGACUGGCCACAGCACUGAAUUCUCAUCUCCUUGGAAAUGUUGGCUCCAAGAAUCUAAAAAAGGCUUCCCCUGCAUUUGAAUUCUGUAGUACUCCAGCGGAGAAGAUGGCUGAAACAAUUCUGCGAAUCUUAGAUCCAGCUACCUGUACAGAAAGCUCAUCUGAAAUAUUUUCGGAGUCUUCACCAGCAUCUUUGCUUUCUACAAAAAAAAAUAUUGGACGAUUCCAUCCAUAUACCAGAUAUGAAAAUAUAACUUUCAACUGCUGCAAUCACUGCCAAGGAGAACUUAUUGCCCUUUAAAAGAAGUUAAAUCAAUGUCUUCAAAACGUCCUAGAAUCUUUUAUCAUACUAGAGUCCUCUAUUUGGGAGUAGGGUCUUGUUAGGGUACCGUGUAAUGGUACUCUUUCUACUUCUAUACUGGAUUUCUGCAAAGAACUUCCAUGGAUUGAAUGUUAGAUCUUUUUCAUAGUUAUCUCCUCAGGGUAUAAAAAGCACAAAACUCUAAAAAUAUUAAUCACCAAUAAUAACAAGCUUUCCAAGCUUCAUCCUGUGCUCUCUUUAAAGUUUGUAAUUUUGGAAUUCUCUUGGUAGUUGAGAUGUAAAAAUCUCUUCAAAAGGUGGAAUCAAUUCAAUAUAAAAGCUUCUCCAGGACCAGAUUAUUAUUACUUACCUCCUCUGGAUUUGUGCAAUGGUCUUUGUGCUCCUGUUAAAAUCCAAAAUGGCUACACUGGUUUUUUACCAGUUUAUAGGUUCCCCAAAAAGCAUGCCAUAGGCAGUCUUGGAAAAUGUUUUACCUAACUGAAAGUGGGGGAAAAAUAAAGUGUAAUAAGCUAUGGGGCUCUGAAUAAAUGAUUGCUAAAAAGGUAUGUUCAGGACAAAGUGUGCAUAUGAUAUUAAGGGCUUUUCAGAUUGUUGUAUAAGACUAAUAAAGAGUAAAAAGAGACAGUUUUAGGGGCAGCUAGGUGGUGCAGUAGAUAGAGCACCGGCCCUGGAGUCAGGAGGACCUGAGUUCAAAUCUGGCCUCAGACACUUAACACUUACUAGCUGUGUGACCCUGGGCAAGUCACUUAACCCCAAUUGCCUCACCAAAAAAAGAAGAAGAAGAAGAAGAAGAGACAAUUUUAACCAUUAAACUGAACUGUAGCAAAUGGGUUACACAAUAGUGGUGAUGUUGAACAUGUAUUUUACUUGUUUUUUAAAGAAAUAUUCUGGUCUUGAUUUGUACAGAUCCAACCUUGUAAAUUUGAAAGAUUCUGUACAGCAUGUAUUUUUUUAAAAAUUGUACCAUAACAGACCAUUAAUAUCUUUAUAAACCCAAAGAAGAAAAUCAACUCAUCAGUUGAAACUUUUUUUCAGCAUUGUAUUAUUAUGUAUCAGUGGUUGACUCCUUAAAAAGUUUUCAUUUUAUACCAGAGUACAGGACUCAUUUAAAAUAGUCUCCAAUGUAAUUAUACCAAAUCAUGCAGAUGAGUUACAGAAGUGCCUAUUAGAAGAGAAAUCUUCAGUGGUCAGGUAUAAAUAUAGUGUAUUGAAUAUGUAUGUUUUGGUCAACUAAGUAGUUGUUUCUGGUUGUAGUGUUUGGAUUAAUUUAUUGUUUUGGAUGGCAAUAAAUGUAUUUAUCUUCUCCAGUA